AUGCUCCUUGCAGGAGCUGGAGGACUAUGCGCGUUCGCCCAGUCCCCCAACUCAACCUACUACAACCCGAUCCUCCCGGGGUGGCACUCGGACCCGUCAUGCACGCACGUCAACGGCACCUUCUUCUGCGUGACCUCGACCUUCAUCUCCUUCCCCGGGCUGCCCAUCUACGCGUCCGCGGACCUGAUCGACUGGAGGCACAUCUCGCACGCAUGGAACCGUGACUCACAGAUCCCGGGCGCCUCGCGCAACAGCACCGGGCAGCAGGUCGGCAUGUACGCGGCGACGCUGCGGUACCAUGCGGGCGUCUUCCACGUCAUCUGUACGUAUCUUGGCGGCACGGCCGACGGCACCAACCUCGGCGUCAUCUUCAAGACGUCGGACCCUUUUGAUGACGCUGCCUGGAGCGACCCCGUGACUUUCAAGACGACCCGCAUCGACCCGGAUCUGUUCUGGGACGACGAUGGCACCGUGUAUCUGACGCAGCAGGGCAUCGUGCAGCAGAGCGUUGAUUUGGAGACUGGGGAACUGACCCCAGAUACGCCCCUCAGUAUCUGGAACGGUACCGGUGGAGUCUGGCCGGAGGGCCCUCACUUGUAUAAGAAGGAUGGAUACUAUUACCUCUUGAUUGCAGAAGGCGGCACGGAGACUAACCACUCGAUCACCAUCGCGCGAUCAAAGAACGUCUCAGGUCCAUAUGAAGCGUAUGAAGACAAUCCCAUUCUGACCAAUCGGGGUACAAACGAGUACUUCCAAACCGUCGGACACGGGGAUCUGUUCCAGGACGACGAGGGAAAUUGGUGGGGUGUCGCGCUGGCGACGAGGUCGGGACCUGAGUGGGAGACCUACCCCAUGGGUCGCGAGGCGGUGUUGUAUCCAGUCACAUGGAAAGAAGAAGAGUGGCCCAUCUUGGAGCCGGUCCGGGGCGUCAUGAGCGGCUGGCCUCUUCCAUCCACCUCCCUCGACGUGCCGGGCGAUGGGCCUUGGAACUCGGAUCCAGAUGUGUACGACUUCGCCAACGGCACCACCAUCCCACGCAACCUAGUCUACUGGCGUGUUCCACGCGACGGGGCGUUUACGAUCACGGAAGAGGGUCUGCAGAUCGUGCCCAGCCGCGGAAACCUGACCGGCACGUCCGAACUCACCGGCCAAGACGGCCUCGCCUUCAUCGCGCGGCGGCAGACAGACACUCUAUUCAGCUUCAGCGUCGACCUCGUCUUCGCGCCGCAGGCGGGCGAGCAGGAGGCGGGCGUCACCGUCUUCCUGACACAGCUGAACCACAUCGACCUGGGCCUCGUCCUGCUAGAAUCCGAGCCGGGCGGCACGUCUGCGCUCAGCCUCCGGCUGCGCGCCGAGGCACCGUUCAGGGCAAACCCGCCCGUGGCCGGCACCCCUCCGCCACCCGUGGUGGUCCCCGUGCCCUCGGCCUGGCCGACGGGCCAGGCCAUCACCCUGCAGAUCCAGACCGCGAACCAGACGCACUACCGUUUCUCGGCGCACCCCGCGGCGGACCCCAACGCGCAGGUGGUGCUGGGCACGGCGUCGGCGGAGCUCGUCAGCGGCGGCAACGGGUCGUUCGUGGGCAGCCUGGUUGGUGCGUACGCGACGUGCAACGGCGCGGGCGAGGGGCUCGGUUGUCCGGCUGGUGGUGACGCCCAUGUGUCGAAAUGGCGGUACACCGGCAUUGCGCAGCAGGUCUCUGCUACUGAAUUCGUGCCGAGUGUACACAUCAACCGAUGA